UGCAGCUGUAUGCGCGCUGUCUACCGCAACCUCCAACGUCCAGGACGUCUUGUCUGUGAACGGUGCAUCUAGAGAGGGGAGUCAUGUCGGACGGUAUUCAGAUAACGAUUCCUGACUUCGACGAGGAUGACUACAGCUCAACUCCCAUCUUCGGACGGACGCAAGGUAACAGCCUCUGGGGAAACGCGAGCUCAGGGCAAGACUCGCCUACCAUCCUGACUCCUUUGGCUCUUCCCGAACGUGCCGAGAAGUCCUAUUUCCAUUCUCGAGGCGACUCCACUACCUCAGAGGACUCGGUACACUCGGUGCAGAACAGCAGUCGGAAAGUCAAGUCGCCGUUCGCGCAUUCCACACAGGUCUCCUUCACUACCUCCAACACCAGCGGUGGUGGAUCAUCCUUCGCGAAGAAGACAUCCUUUGCGUCACUCCGGAAUGCAUUCAGCAAGAAGUCUACGGACCCUGCUCCUCCCGUGCCAGUGCUGGAUCACCAGGCCUAUCCUCCGUCGCACGCUAGCCCGCCGCAGUUCCGUCCUUCUACGCCAGCUUCCACAGAGUCAAGGACCCGCGCAUUCACAUCCGGCUCUAUAUUCCACUAUUCAGAUGCUGGCAGCGAUCUUGGACAUGGUUUCGCGCCCUCCACGCCUCCUCCGGUACCUCGCAAACCGAACGUCUUUGGUGGAAUAUCCCCGCUGGAGGUGUCACGAUCUAUCUUCGACAUAGAGGAUAAGAUCAAUAUGGAUCCACGAACACCGUCGGACUACGCUUUGCACGCCAUCUUCAUCCGAUUCGCUGCCUCAGGCGAACAACACAUAGAAGAGUUCCUGCGACAGCCGGUGGAUCGCGACGCUCUGUUGACGGAGUUCAUGGGACCAGGCGUGGAUACGAAAUUGGACGAGCUCUUAACUUCGCUGGGGAAGAUCGCCCAUAAGCACGCGAAACCAGUAGUCGAGUCCGUCAUGCGCUGGCGGAAGUCGCAAAACGAUGGCGUGGACGAGAGGCUUGUACACCAUCAUCUUUCGCAACCAUCCGGCAGCGCGCGAGUCGCACGAGUGCAAGACAUCUCGUCGGUGCUCAUGGAGCGAAAGGCACUCGCCUCGAUUUACAUCAUGUGUCGUGCCUUACUAGCUGCAACUCUUUCAAUGGCUAAAGACGGGCUCGGUGAAGCUGUCGGACAGAGCCUGGAGGAGCUGACUUUCGAGCAAUUCAAGAGACCGGAUGUUAAGAUGCUCACUCAGUCUGCGAAUCACCGAAUAAAUGCAGAGCUUUAUGCGAGGCUGUUGGGCCAGAUUGCCAAUGUCCGCUUUGAAAGCGUCACAGAUCGCUUCUUGAUCGAGCUUAAGCCGGUGGCAGCAGGUCUGGUUCCCAAAGACGCGGACUUCAAAUUUGAAAACCUGGUGCAGGGUCUCAAGCAUGUGCAAAUCAAGGUGUGGCCACCUGAGGCUUUCGAAGAAGGCGCAGACUUCAUGGCUUCGCUGUCUAAGUCGUUUGAAAACGCGCACGGCAAUCGCCUCAAGACGUCCUUCGCAGAAACCCUCGUUUAUAUGCUCCAUCCAAUAGCUAAGACCGCUCAGGCGGAGGUCAAUCACCCGGAGUGGGCGAAGGCGAUGGAAGCCAUCUAUCCAAGAGCAAGGGACAUGAUGAGCAAGCCUAGAUAUUGGCAUGUCGCGUAUCCAUUGGCAGUGACUACGCUAUGCGUUGCCCCGCAGGACUUCUUCUCCAAGAACUGGAGCGCAUGCCUUGAGGCUGGCCUCGGCAAGCUUAAGGAAAGGAUGUACCGCACACAAGUGUUGAACGCAGUCCUUCGCCUCCUGUGGACAUACCUAUAUCGGUGUAACGAGCCUGCAUCCACGACAACCUCGAAAGUGGAAUCAAUCCUCAGGUAUUUCUUCCCCGCAAACCGGCUCAACAUCACUCCUCAGGAAGAGCACCUGGAUCCUUUCGUUUACAUGAUACACUUCGUACUAUCUCGGCACUUCGAAUCCGGAAGCGAGAUGUGUCUCGAGCUCCUGCAGGAACGCAACGUCACAGCUCAAUCAGCCAGUCUCUCCAGCUCACUGGCACCAGAGCGGAUAGCCAUCGGCACGCGGGCCGUCUUGCUCUCACUUCACGUUAUGGAGAGAGAGGAACCAACCCCUUCUUGGCCGAGUUCCACCGAUUUCACGCAGUUGCCCAGCCAGGAGGACUACCCACUGUCUGCGGAACCCUUGCCCUCGUCGCUAAUGUUGAAGACAAGCUGGGCCGACUUCCUCGAUCGCUGCAGCCUAUGUCUGAAGUUCUUCGCCCUGAGCUGCUUCCAGGCCGUCGGUAAAAUGUCCGCCCUAGAUGAGCAAUGGUCGGCGACACGCCUCAGUCCGACAUACGAGGAUGCCCACAGCUUCACUAUACGGCGACAUCCCGAAGGAUCCGUUGCAUACCCGAAUCAAUUGGUUGCUCAUAUCAGCAUUCUGCAGUCGGUGUACCAGUCGUGGCCGCGCUGUCUGCACUCCUCUCUUGCCGUCGAGGAUGCUUAUGACAUGCUGAUACGAGGUAUCAUCCACGUCGAACCAGCAGUGGGCGAGGCCGCCACUCAGGCUCUGCAGCGGUUCAUGAACGACCCUGCGCAAGCCUCUGCCUUGCUGUCCCGCUUCUCCGCCUUCUUGUUCGAUCCGACGCUCAUGUGUAGCGAAGGACCUGGGCUCAAGUUGAACGUCGAGAGCUCGCGGCUGGUGACCCUUUGGAUCACUUUUGUCGAUCAGUGGAUCUACAGGAUCAAGCAGACCCCCAAAGAGGAGCUCACGGAUGAGGACCUGGAAGCCAUAAUUUCCCGUGUGGAUGAGAUCGAAGCGGGGGCGUUGUUCCUACUGGCACAUUACCGGCGCGCCGUUUACCUCAACGGUGUCAGGGCUGUCCGUCUUCUCCACAUCCUACAAGUACAUCUCCAGUCGACACUGGUGUCGCGUUAUGACGGUCGCACGCCGACAUCUUUUCACAUCCUCACGGCGCUUCACGACGAACUUGGUCCAGCUGCAUAUCUAGAUGCAUAUGAAGACAUGAUGGACACAACCGAAACGACACGUCUGGAGCAGUUGAAGAAGGCGCCCCGAGGGGAGAUAGCGUUGCGAUUGGCCGAGAGUGACUCGGAGCAGGACCGGAAAAUAUGGGUGCACGUAUUCCCUGCCUUGCUCAGACCUUGCAUGGAGGGCAUGCCACGCGUCCUCGUUACAUUCCGAGAACAGAUCGUUGCGGCGACAAGCCGAUACCAUCAAAAUGUCGUACAGCUAGCAGGGGUACAGAGUAAGAUGCCGAUGAACCUGCCGCCGAGGUCCGGUUCACACGGCGACAAGGAUACGUCCAAAUCGCUCAGUGACCACGGGCGGGUCAUUCUGCAGUGGCACGCUUGGAUCAAGAUACUGUCCGCGACUGCUCAGGUGUCUGACGUCAGGCCAACUGUGAACUAUCCAAUGCGCGAUCACUCGCGCGCCAGGUCUGAGGCGAACUUCGAACGUGACCAGAUGGUGACCACUCGCGACAUGUUCAAGUAUCUCAGCCAGUUCCUCGAUUCGGAACUUUCCACUUUCCGCAACAUCGCCGUGUCAUGUAUCAGUUCUUUCCCCGCACGAGCGUACUCCCAAUUACUCGAGGAUCUCAAUAUACUUGCUUCCCGGCAAUUCUACGACGAGCGACCUAAGACCACUGCGGCACCCGCGGGAGGGGCCCGUGCACGUCGUCAAGAAGGGUUCCACACGGCUGUGGCAGGCAUCUACCACUUGACUGCUCAUCUCUUGCAAGAACAACGGUCGUCUGGCAAACAAACCGCUUUGGCACACGUGCUGAAGUACAUCCGGAAUAUGCAAUCGUUCUUAGCUGCUCCCGAGCAUCGCGACGUCUUUUCUCUCCAAAGAUUACGACGCUAUUUCUGUGGCACCGUCGAAAGAUUAUUUGACGGACUCGCGACGCUCAACGAUUCAGAUCGCUUCAUCCCUGCUCACAUGCAUCUAUCUCUGUACCGACUUUGCGAAGAAUGGUGUCAGUUGGGGAAACAGUCGGAGACAGUGACCAGACGAAUCGUGCUCAUGCAGACCGCCGCUGCCAAAUUCCACAUGGACCCUACCGACCAAGCAGAGAGUAUCCGGAGCUUCCAGCUAGAAACACGAGCGUUGUCCAAUGCUGCCGUAGGUGCCAUGGCGGCUUUGUGUCACAAAGCCUUCUAUCCCCCUGAUCAUACAUCUAUGUCCCCAAUGGAUAAGUCCGUGUCGGACGAUGAUUUGAAGCCGCUGCACCCAUCUGCAACUCUCGAUCGCCUGACUGCGAUUCUAGCUUCCUUCCAUGAGCCUAAUCAGGAGGCUGGCAAGAAGGCUCUUCGGUCGCUCUUGGUACACACACCGCCUGACAAGCGCUUAAUGGACGAGGUGCUCGUCAGAGCAUUCGUGACUACGCGACAACUGGGCACCAGUAACGAACGCUUCUUCGCCGUCGUAGCGGAUGUCAUCAGCGACCCUGCAAUUGUGCAUGGUUUCAGCUUCAGUCAAGCUGUAUGCCUGGGUCUCUCUAACUUGUGUCACCCGCUUCUGGAGAUCCGCCGUCGUUCGUUCGCCAUACUGGAAGGGAUUCACCAGCAAUACUCCGGCCUUCUCCCUUUGAUGCGAUUCGAGGCAGCAGUUUGUAGUGCUUCGCCCAGCGCCUACCUCCAUGCUCAUCGAUCGAUUUCCGACGUUCUUGCAGGAGAGCAUCCUGAACAGGCGCCUCACAUACUUGCUCAAUUCUCUGAGUGGAUCCCGCGUGUUUUGGACGGUAACGCCCAAGGCAGUCCGCUCAUUUUGUUGCAGACGCUGGAGCACUGGUUUUCGGGUAUCGAACUCAUCGAUGAUUCCGAGGAAUCUGGGUUGUCGCGAACUGGCCGUUCAGUGGUAUUCCACAUGAUGAAGCUCACCUCCCAAUACGUCGAGCAUUACGCCGAACAGAUCUUGGUAUUGUGGUCACGACUAGUGGACGAUCCUCACUGGCAUAACGGCCUAGCUGUCGUGAAGUAUCUGCUGGACCUGUCACCCAAGGUCGGGAAUGCACCGUUCAUCAAUUGCUCGGCGAAGGUCAUCGCGUGCUUAGUGCAAAGCGCGAUUGGCAAAGAUAUCUUCAUCAAUAUCGCCGGUUGUAUACACCCGACGCGGAUGAUUCCUGUCUAUGAUCACAAAGUCAAGCAGCUCGACGCCCAAGAGAUCGAAGAGUGGUCCGACUUCGACAUCUUGUUCUCCGGUCAGCCGAGACUCAACCUGACGCAGUCACAAUUCGCCCUUCUCUUCCUUUCGGAUGCAACGUUGGAUCGUCACUGGGAUCUGGAGCAGCACAUUUGCUCAUUGCUUCAUGCGUUGUUUGUGCAUAUCGAUGACGUACAGCCCUUGUUGCAGCGACGAUGUCGACACAUGCUCGUUCAGCUCCUCCGUUGCUGCAUUUCGGGCUUCGACGAGGUUGCUGACCGUUCCUUAUACCGGACACAUUCCGAUCUCAAGGCUGCCCUGCGUCGAAUCGAACAGGAGCUUGACAUGGAGCUGCGACCAGAUCGACAAACGUCGACGGAGGCGGACGCCAGGCUCGAACGAUUAUCGAGCGCCGUUCUGGAUCUCAUUGAACCACUGUACCCACGAAUACGCAUCGAUUGGGGGGCUUGGGCGGUGACCUGGGGUACGGCUUCCGUGAAGCGCGAGAUAGCCCACCGAUCCUUGCAGUUGUAUCGUGCCCUCUCUCCACCCGUCAGCCCAGCGGAUCUCGCAGCUUUCUUAGGACGCCUCGGUAGCUCCAUCGCAGAAGCAGAGCCUGGCAUUAGCAAGUUCAAUGUCGAGAUGAUCAGCACGUUGAAGGCUAUGGUGUCGUGGGGCACGCUUGAUCCCUCAUUGAUCCCUGUGCUAUUCUGGUGCGCCGUCGCUUGCCUAUCGACGACGGUGGAAGAUGAAUUCCUUCAUGCACUCAAGCUACUGGACGCCUUGUUGGGUAGGUUGGACUUGGACGACCCGGAAAUCAUGCAGGCUCUUUUGGACCAUAAGCCAGAAAAAUGGCAGGGCCCCUCGUCUUUGCAGCCGUGUCUACUCACUGGAUUGCGCGCUUCCAGUACAGCAGCUCCAACAUUCAAGUUGCUGGAACGCCUCGCGAAGGUCAACGAUGCCAGGUUCAUAGAUCCGUCCGAGGGCCGCGUCCGCGAUCUCUAUGUCGUCGCACUACCCUGCUGUCUACAAGCUAUGAUCGAUGGCAAGCAGGAUGCAGACCUUCAAGAAUUCGCCUUGAGCAUCGGUCGACUAGCGGAGAAAGAGGCACGCCCCAGUAUUGACCGUAUCAUGACCUCCUUUGCCAAGAGUCGGUUCCGUACAAAGGAAGACUUCCUGCGGGAGUCCGUCGCCAGCCUUCGCGAACACUAUGGCUCGGGUCACUGGACAAACGUGAUUACACUCCUCAUGGGCCUCGUCUUGAACAAGGAACAAUGGUUGCGCAUAAGCACUAUGCAGAUCUUGAAGGUCUUGUUUCAGCAGCGGGAAACGCGGCGCCCAGUGGACCUACUUGGCUCGGAACUCCUGAUGCCUUUGCUGCGCUUGCUCGAGACGGACCUCGCAUCCCAGGCGUUGGACGUUCUUGAUGAGCCAAUGCAGAUAUCUGGAGGACCAGCGGCGAAGCACGUCCUGCGAAUGAGUUUAUAUACGCAUUUGCGUGCCGAUGCCAAGGAGGUCGAAUCUGUCGCAGAAAUCUUCGGAAUCCCGCAAGAGUCUGGCUGGUGCGUCCCGCACUGUGACGCUCUCCGCAAGACGUGCAAGCAGAACCUCUACGCCCUCCGGCUUGUCGUGCAUCCGUAUGAUCCAGACUUGCCGCUCUCGCAGACCGAGUACCCCGAGAUAACCUCGCCGUACGACGAGCAACUCCACCCUGAAGACGACCUUGGGGAGAUGGUGCAGAACCUCCAUGAGCUUAGUGCCUUCUUCAAGGAGGAGCGGCCUGCUGUCCCUGAUGCCAACAGGCAGCUGGAAGCUCGUGUCGCUGCUAUCUUGGCCAAAUCAUCCGACGCUACCGGCGACGUCCCACAGACACCCUUCGCUGAUGUUUUCGACGUCGAUGCCAUCGAGCCGGCGUCUCCAUACGAAGAUUCGGAUGACUCUGACGACGAUACUGGCUCUGACCUAUUCGAGUUCGAUUCCCCUUCAAUCCCUCAUUUCACGUCGAAUACCACACAUCACUAUUGACCCUAGACCUGUUCGUUCGUUUGCCAUUGCUUUGUUGAUGUUCGCUGGUUUGUCGUGCACUGUACUCUACCCCGUUCAUAACGUAUCCUUAUGUCUAUAUGUCGCACCGGGACUUUCAGGAUGGCACAUGUACAAUUCGAAUUCUUCGUCGCUCAUGUCGCGUUAAUCACAUCCUCACUUACGUAGCUCGCAAUUG